AGUAGUCAUGGCCCGCUAGCAAUCGAUUGAGUGUUCGUACUUCAAUAUUGUUUAACGGUAGCUUGUGGUGCCAGGGCUUCUUAGGGAUUGUGUUGCAAACCUGGAAAAACUUCCUCCCUUUUCCAAGUUCUGCGGUGUAAUUGAGAUACCAUAGUUGAGCUUCCUAUAUUGUCGCUGGUGGUGCCGGCCUUGGCCAACUGGUCCGCCAUAUCGUUGCCUUUGACGCCAGUGUGCCCGGGUAUCCACUGUAUAGUUGUUCCGGAUUUCGUAGCCAUUUCCAGGAUAUUGUCUAUGACUCGAUCUCGUUCUCGUUUGGCGAUGUUGCUUCUAAUCAAUUCACAUCCAGAUUUGGAAUCCGUCAUGAUCACUGGGCUCGUUAUGUUGCUUCUUGUGAUGUACUGCAGUGCGACGUAUAUUGCCUCUAUUUCGGCUGACAUAAUGCACACAGAGUGCUGCAAACGAAGACUUAUCCUGACGUUCCUGGAUUCGUGGUAAAUUCCAAUGCCACAGUUUUCACCGUUGUCUGAGGCAUCAGUAUAGAUGAUUUGUCGAUUAUUAUAUGUUCCGUUUAUCAGCGAUAGGCCCAACGGGUAAGAAAAUCGAAAGCAAACCCCAGUUGGCCCGUGCCCUCGGGGACACCAUCGAUUUGUCGACAUUCGACUACCAAGCAGGGCGCGUUGUUCCCAGUGCAACCCACAUGAUGCUGCAGCACAACGCCCUGAAGCGAAAGCUCAACACUACACCGAUCGGAGUUGGAUCUUCGUCAAGCAGUGCAAUCGUGGCUGGGCCUACGGGUCCCAGUCUACCACCACCGGUUCCCAUCUACAACCAGCUUCCAGCGGCCGGAAGAUCCCACCAUCAUCAUCAUAACCAACAGCAGCAGCAGUACGAUUACAGUCGCGGAAUGCGAGCAGACACUUCGCUCAUUCCACCGAUCCGGCAGACGGCUUCUAUUUUCAAGCAACCGGUGACAGUGGUUCGUUCCCAGGAUGGAGACAGCAAGGUCAAACGAGAGCUGCAGCACGGUUCCCAGGUCAAACCGAAACAGCUGUUCUGGGAGAAACGCUUGGAGAAUCUUCGCGCCAACAAUACGUUCAACGAGGAGAUCGGCACGUUGGAACUGCCCAAACGGUUGAAAUCCGUGGGUCCGGGCGUGGACGAGGCCACGGUUCUGCAAUCGCUGGCCACCGCCCUGCACCACAACACGCAUCCGGUGACGGGGCAAACCGCUUCCAAAACGUCCCUCAACACCAACGCCGGGGUUUUUCUCAACCCAGACCAGCCGCUGAUGCACGUGGCAACGGUGACCGAAGAUGACAUCAAGCGCCAGGAGGAGCGGGUGCAAUUUGCGAGGCUAAGGCUGCAGGAGGCACUGCGAGCUUAGGACUCUUAAUGGUAAAUUGUUCUGUAGAAGUAAGGAUAUUUUCUCUAAUUGUGUAAGAAGUGUGAUCCAUCUUUUUCAUCUUGUAACCGUGCUUGGACGUGUGGAUGGGAAUAAAUCUCGAAUGAUUCUUGAUAAA